AUGAAGACACCCAUGCGUCACGGGGUGGCGGUGCUCCUCGUGCUGCUCCUGUGCGCGAGCCUUUUCCUCGUGUACAACGGCAACUUCAGCGGAGCCGGCGCACGAGACCGGGACGCCAACGACACCUCCGCCCCCGCCGCCCACGUCCGACCGGCUCCCGAGCACGUUCAGAGGCGACCCACCAGCGCUCCUCUCCCUCAGACCCGAGCAGAGGAGAAAGAAGAGGAGCUGGCCCCAGUGCUCCAGGGAUACAGCGGGAUCAUAGACCACAAGCCUCUCCGCAUGCACUGCCGCACCUGCUCGUUGGUCACCAGCUCGGGGCACCUGAUCGGAGGAGGACGGGGCGCCGAGAUCGACGGGGCCCAGUGCGUCAUCCGGAUGAACGACGCCCCCACCUCCACGCAGCGCACCGACUACACGCGCGACGUCGGCCGAAGGACCUCCCUGCGCGUCAUCGCCCACUCCAGCCUCCAGAGGGUGCUCCGGAGCCGCCACGAGCUGCUCAACGCCACCAGGGACGCCGUGUUCAUCUUCUGGGGCCCGAGCAGCUACAUGAGGAGGGACGGUAAAGGACUCAUCUACAACAACCUGAGGCUCCUGAGCCAGCUCCUGCCCAAGCUGAAGGUCUACAUCGUCUCCUGGCAGAAGAUGCAGCAGUUUGAUGAGAUCUUCAAGAAGGAGACCGGAAAAGACAGGAGGAUCUCAAACUCGUGGUUGAGCACCGGCUGGUUCACCAUGACCAUCGCCCUGGAGCUGUGUGACACCAUCAACGUGUACGGCAUGGUGGCCCCCGACUUCUGCAGGGAGCCGGAGCACCAGUCCGUGCCGUACCACUACUACGAGCCUCGCGGGCCGGACGAAUGCGCCAUGUACAUCUCCCACGAGCGCGGUCGCCGUGGCAGCCACCACCGCUUCAUCACCGAGAAACGCGUCUUCGCCAAGUGGGCACGGACGUUUGACAUCCACUUCUACCAACCGGACUGGAGCCCCCCGCCGCUGCCGGCCAAUCAGACGGCGGAGGGGGCGGGAACUAGCGCGCCCGUUGGACCGCACAAAACGUGA